GCACCUCCAUACCCUGCCCUCCCCCGGGUCCUCCCCCGGCACAGCCCCUCUUCCCUCUCCCCAGCCAAGCUGGUGGCCGAGCAGCCAUGGCGGAGGAGCAGACCCCGCUGGAGGAGAGGAUCAUCAUCAAGGACCUGCACACCAAGGAGAUCGACCUGGUGAACAGAGACCCCAAGCACAUCAACGAGGACGUGGUGAAGGUGGAUUUUGAGGAUGUGAUCGCUGAGCCCGUGGGAACAUACAGCUUUGAUGGCGUCUGGAAAACCAGUUACACCACCUUCACCGUCAGCAAGUACUGGUGCUACCGGCUGCUCUCUGCCAUCCUGGGCAUCCCCCUGGCAGUCAUCUGGGGGUUCCUCUUCGCCCUCAUCUCCUUCUGCCACAUCUGGGCGGUGGUGCCCUGCAUCAAGAGCUACCUGAUCGAGAUCCAGUGCGUCAGCCGCAUCUACUCCCUCUGCAUCCACACCUUCUGCGACCCCUUCUUUGAGGCUCUCUCCAAGAUCUGCAGCAACGUCCGAGUUACUCUCCGGAAGGAGUUCUAGGUGCCUACAGCCUCCCCAACCAGCCCUGGGGCACAGGGACACCCCUGCCCAGGGACCUGCAGCUCGGUGGGACCCCAUGGCAGAGCUGGAUGCCAGGGCUGCUCCCUGCAGAUGGAGGCACGCUGGGCUGCUCCUUUCUCCAUCCCAAAGCCAGCAGCUUUAGGAGAAGAGGAGCCCAUCGAGGCUCAGCAAGCAGGCCAGGGAGAGCUCUCUGCCCCCCAGCAUCACCCCCUGCUCCUGCGGGAGGGACCGCAGCAUCUCCUGGACCACAGCCCUGGGCCACCACCUGCAGCAGCAGAGCGAGAAGUGGGGGUGCAGAGAUGCUGCUGGACAACAGACCAAACCCUGCCUGCUUCUCCAGCCCUUCGGUCUAGCCCCACCAAGGCAUACGAGUUUUUAUUACUUGCUGCAAAUAAUUGUUGUUGUGGAAGCUUCUGCAUCAAAUCACGCUGCACAAAAGUUUUAUGGAUAGAAUAGUAAAAGAAAACUUUUCUUUUUUCCUGUGUGUUUGCAUUUCAGCCAAGCUUUGAAGCCCAGAUCAAUCAGUGCACGAAGUGUUGUGUCUGCCUCCUGGGGGCCUGUGCUGGCCUGGGCCACCGGCGAUUGCAGAACCACUUGUGGCAGGGUGACACUCACUAAUUAAUUGUGGGGCAUCGUCACUCUUUGUGGCCAGGACGGGAGGGGCAGGCAGCCGUCCUGCGCAUCCUGCAGAGGGGCAGCCGGGCAGGACCACGGGGAACAGCGAGAACAAACGGCUUUUGGUAGCUUCACCUGAGAAAUGAGCAGCUUUGGCUUCUUGCUCAAGGAGAAUAUUACUAUGGAAUCACAGAAUGGUAGGGGCUGGAGGGACCUUCGGAGAGGGUCCGUGCUGGCUUGUGUGAUGCUGGGCAAGCCCUUGCCUACAGCAGUGUGUUCUUCUUCCCCAGCUGUCCCUCUGCUCCCUGCCCUGCCUGGUGUGGGGGGCAGGACCACGCUGUCCCCAUGGGCUCUGUCCCACAGGAGAACACCCUCAUCCAAGGGGCUGCCUCCUGCCCUUCCUUCCCACCAGUUCCCCCAGCAUCCCAGAGCGGGGCUCCCAGUCGUGCCGGGGGAGCCAAGGAGGGACCCCCCUCCAGGACACUGCCUGCUCCCAGCUGCUCCGCUGGGAACAUAGGGAUGAUGGAAAAAAAAUCCAAUUUGGAGCUAUUUCCUCCCCUGUAUAGUCAAUUAAUUUGUUUAGUCCAUCUUUCAUGAAGCCAUAGCUUAACUUCAAGGCACUUUAAUGCUUUUCUGGCUCUGGCCUUAAGUGCUUUGCUGAAUCAGGGCCCAGGAGGUCUCGUUCAGAGGUUAUUCUCAAUUGUAUUCAUGUGCUUUUUUCCCUUGGCUUCCAACAAAGACUUGGAGCCAAAGUUUCUUGUAGUGCCAUGCCAAGGGCAAGAAAGAGUCAGAUUUUCUAUUGGUGCUCUUCCAAUGGCUUGUGGUCUCUCAUUAUUCCAUAGCAAUAUAGCACCCAUGCUCCAGCAACACCGGGCCUCGAGAUGGAUGGAGUGAUAAAAAAAAAAAAAAGCUAUGUAGAUAAUAUUUAGAUAUUUGUAGGGGAAAAAGUUUCAAAAAACAUUUUAUCAUGAGCAUUUUUUAAAGCUUUUUGUGGGAAUAAAAGUAAUUAAAAAACAA